UGGAGGCAGGUGUGGAGGGAACAGGUGUGUGGGGGCGGCGGGGGGCAGGACAGGUGAGGCAGGUGGCGGGGCGGCACUCCCCUUUGGCAGGACACUACACCUGGCUCAUAAUGGCGGCUCACUAAUUGCCGAGGUAAGGAGCACACGGGCCAGGUAAUGGGUGGCCGUGGCGUGUUAAUCUUUGCCCCUGGACUCGCCGAGCCUCGCCCCUCGACACUCACGCCUCAUAAUUACUCUGUCUGUCCGCCUCUCCCGCCGCGUCCUCCCCCGGGCCUGCCGCUCUUCAUUACCCCGCCGCGGCUCCUCCCGGGGCUCGCGUGACGGCCAGGAAGGGAAACUUUUAGUCGUGCCAGUCCUCCCGAGAGACGCCGCGCAGGAGCCUCGUGGCAGCACCUGGAGGUGGCGGCGAGCGUGAAAGUGUCCCUUCCAUUAUGAAGAUCAACCAUCCAUGGGCCCGGCAGUCCGUGGGAGUCACCAGAAGGAGAGUCGCAAGCUCCUGUCGCUGGUGCCCCGACGUUGAGGAGGCGGUGCGUCGGAUUAGCUGGAGCCAGCGUGGCCCGGCGAGGCGGCGGCGGCUCUUAGCGCCGCGCCAAAGCCCUACUUAGCAGGCGCCCCCACGCCCGCACCGACAUAAACAACGUUACGACGCGAUCGUCCGUAUGGGAACGCGGCAAGAAAAACAGUUUCUGGAAGGCUCUUUGUUUGCCCUGCAGCCAGGAGGGACGACGCGGAGGGCUGGCGGAGGCGAAGACAGAGGAGCGACGCGUUGCAACGCAAGAAAAUAAGCUCGUCCAUAACGCUUCAAGGAGGUCAAGUCGAUCCCAACGACGCUGUAAAGUAAAGUCUGACGAAGCCUCCUGUCCUCAGGAGGCUGAUGGCGGCCCUCCACCACACCUGGCUGGCGGCGCAGGUGUGCGGGGCGCGCGGCGGCGACCCUGAGGAGGGGAACUCAUCAUCACCAUCAGCAGCAAAACUGGAGUUAGUGCCGCCUUCCAGCAGCCCGUGGAGUGCCACCGCGCGCUCAGUUGUGGCUCGCCCGCUCACGGACCGGUUCACGACACUCCCGCUGCACGCUGCCCCACGCGGCCACACAGCACUCAUACCCCUCAGGGAGGUGCCUAGCGACACCCACACCCACACCCACACCCAGCCACACCCACACCCAGCCACACCCACACACACACACAAAGAGUUGUCGCACGCUACACGCUGUACAAAGCCGCACAGCCAUGGGCGCCAAGACACAGGACAGCAGGGCAUCGUAACAGCACACGCCUGUGGGGUGCAGGCCGCGACGCCCCGCCGCUCCCAAAGUUGCGGCUCGAGCACAAAGUUGGCGUUGCCGCCGAGGCCCAGCGGGCGAGGCGCGAGGCCAGUCAGUGUGUCAGUCAGGCUGCGUCCUGCACCAGUGCCGGCGGUCCCCAGCCCGCGGGCCGCGCCACGCCACCCGCCACGAGUGUCGCCGCGUGCCGGGCCACCUCGGGCACCACGCCACCCGCCGCGGCGGUGAAGUGCCUCGCGUGUGCCGUGAUAACUGUGUGACAAACGCUGACGUACACCCGCUGGUAACACCCUUCUCCCAGAGCCUCAAGGUGUCGCCCGCUGCUGACGGAGCCGAGGGGCGCACCUGCCAGGGCGGCGACGGGGCGGCAGGUGUGUGGCACCGACACACCUGCCCGGGGCAAAACAGGACGCGGAGGAGCCUUACCUGGGGUGUACCUGUGGCCGGGAGACGUGCACCCGUAGCGAAGGGGUUGGUCACUUGUCGCCACUCAUCUGCUGCUGCUUGGUAAGUGUUCCUCCUCCUCUUCUUCCUCUGUUGCCUCCUCUUUCUCCUUUUCUUCCUCCAUUUUCUUGAUUUCCUACUCUUCUUCCUCCUCCUCCUCCUCCUCCUCCUCUUCCUCCUCCUCUGCCUCCUUCUCCUCCAUUUUCUUUCUCUAUUUCAUCCUUUUUCUCUUUUUCCUCUUCCUCCUCCUUUUAAUUUUUCUCCUCCUUCUCUUCUUUCUCUUUUUCUUUCUCAUUCCCUCUCUCUUUUUCUUUCUCUUCCUCCUCCUUCUUUUCCUCUUCCU